AUGGCGUCAGCAGCAUCCACGCUCGCCUCAGCUGGCCACGGCAACGAGCGCUUCAACGCCGAAGCCGCGGCAUGGGACAAGAACCCCAUGGUGCACGAAGCCAGCCGCGAGGCCUGCACCGCGCUUCUCCAACGCUUCUCCAAACUCGAGAUCCAGGCGCCCGGGCAGGGGCUGGACGUGCUCGAGAUCGGCUGUGGCACGGGCUUGCUCAGCUUCAACAUGGCGCCGUUCGUCAGGCAGAUCGUGGCGGUGGAUGCGGCCGAGGGCAUGAUCGACGUGCUCAAGGCGAAGCUACAGUCACCGUCGCCGGAGACGCCCAAGAAUAUCGUGCCGUUGGCGCUGUUGCUGGAGGACCCGGAGGAUCCCCAUCUGCCGCCUGCGACGGCGGGGGACGCGAGCGGGCCCAGACUGAAGUACGAUCUGAUCCUGUCGCAUUUGGUGCUUCACCACAUUCCGGACCUGCAGGGCGUGCUGGCGACCAUGUUGGGGUGUCUGAAGCCCGGCGGCUCGGUGGCGUUGACGGACUUUGAGGAUUUUGGGCCCGAGGCGCGGAGGUUUCACCCCAAGGCGAAAAUGGCCGGCGUGGAGAGGCACGGCAUCCAUCCGGAGGAGAUGACGAGGCUGUUGGCGGAGGUGGGUUUCAGGAAUGCGAGGGUGGAGCGGGCGUGGGCCAUGCAGAAGCAGGUCGAGACCAUUGAGGGCGAGUUUGGGGACAAGGGUAAGCCUGAGGCUGGCCAGGGGGAGGUCAUGAACUUCCCCUUCGUCGUUUGUAUGGGCGAGAAGGCGUAG